UUGUAUUCCUCACACGCGCGCACACACACGCGCACUCUUGCAUUUGCUUCAGUGCAGCGCUGCUGCUGUUCUGGCACUGCGCGGGGAAACCUCCGUAUCAGCUUCGGCUUGUUUUUAUCGCUUCUGAGGAAACGCCUUGCUUCCUGACCUUAUUACCUCAGAUUCACGCGGUGUGAGUGAGAAAUCUGAUCGGGAUAUUCAUCAAUACAUGGUGCUGGAGCGAUAAACGGCGGUCUGCGGUCUACAGCACAACCCAUCUUCUGAAAAUACGAUCAUAGAAGCGAGGAAAACCCAACGCCCUUUAUUGACCGACCGUGUAUACCUGUCUCGAAACAUGUGCAAUGAAGAUAAAAGAUGCUUUUAUGUGUUCACAUGCUUUUUUUAUUUUUAGGAUAAGCAAAGCUCCCGUGUUUCAGUGACACAUUAAGUCAUCCCAAUUUGGAAGCUACAUAACGAAUGCAACUGGAGAAAUUACAGCUUGCAACCAUCAAGCUGGUCCUCAAAUGCAUGGAAAGCCUUUGCCUUUCCAGAUAGGCAAGGUUGCUAUGUGAUUUAUUGAUUGUCAUAUAUUUGUCAUAAGAUGGGGAACGGUUUCUCCAACAUUGCCGCAUUCCAGUCCUUGCACAUUGUGAUGCUGGGGUUGGAUUCGGCUGGGAAGACCACAGUACUCUACCGUUUAAAGUUUAAUGAAUUUGUCAACACCGUUCCCACCAUUGGCUUCAACACUGAGAAGAUCAAACUCAGCAAUGGCACCGCCAAAGGGAUCAGCUGUCAUUUCUGGGAUGUUGGUGGCCAGGAGAAGUUGAGACCUUUGUGGAAGUCCUACAGCCGGUGCACAGAUGGUAUUAUUUAUGUGGUGGACUCUGUAGAUGUCGACAGACUUGAGGAAGCCAAAACGGAACUGCAUAAAGUCACCAAAUUCGCAGAGAACCAAGGAACUCCUCUACUGGUCAUCGCCAAUAAGCAGGACCUUCCCAAAUCCCUCACGGUUAAUGAGAUCGAGAAGCACUUGGCACUCCAUGAACUCAGUCCAUCCACAACCUACCACGUCCAACCGGCCUGUGCUAUCAUAGGCGAGGGACUCCCUGAGGGAAUGGACAAAUUAUAUGAGAUGAUUGUCAAAAGAAGGAAAUCACUGAAGCAGAAGAAGAAACGAUAGAUAGUUUUGGACGCAUGUAGAGAGUACAAUUUUAAUUUGGAUUGUUGACUCUCGAAAUUUAAGCAUUGCCAUGAAAGAUAUGACGGGUGUUGCCUUGGUGUGCAAGAAUUGCUAACACUUUAGGAUACAUUUUAUCGUUCAUUUUAACAAAUAUAUCACACAAAAGAUCGUUAGUUAAUGUGCAUUCAUUUUAGAAAUUUCAUGAAACUUUGAUUCAAAUUUGAAUGAGCAUGAACUACUGGGUUGUUUAAAUGCGAUGCGUGUAAUUUUUCCUACGUUAAAAUACUUUCUCCUUUCCUAGUUCAAUGUGCAGAGACAACUUUAAGGAAACUAAUCUUAGGUGGAUUUCUCCGUAAAACAUUUACAUGUUUACAGGCACUUUAAAAGUUUUCAGACGGACUAAAACAAUAUAUAUUUUUUAAAUGUCAUGCAAAUGCCUGUCCUACUGUGUUCAUGUCCUAAUGAAAUCGUAUGAUUUUUUGUAAUUUUGUGGAUGUUAAUACUUUCUCAUAUUACAGUUUAAUAAGCAGAUACAGCUAUAGGUAAACUAUUCGUAUGUUGAUUUCCGCAAAAAGUGUAAACACGCAGUAUGUUAUAUGCACUUUAAAAGUUAGUCCGAAUGAAAUCAUACCAGUCCGAUUUUUGCGUAAUGUGAACAUGCAGUACGUUUACAUGCACUUACAAAGUUCACUUUCAGUCAGAUUAAGACAAUAAUUUCAUGUAAACGCUUCAGUCCAACUGAAAUUGCACCAUUCCGAUUUUUGCGUAAUGUUGGGAAUGUUAAAAUACUCCUAUUUCAGUUUAAUGUGCAGUGUAUAUAUAUAUAAAUUUUUCAUAGGUUGAUUUCUCUGAAAAGUGAAAACAUUUGCAAGUUUACUUAAAAGUUUGAUUUCAGUCAGAACAGUAAUUUGUCUUUUAAAAAUGGAGUAGUGGUGGUGGAGGCGUAGUGGGCUAAAGCACAUAACUGGUAAGCAGAAGGUUGCUGGUUCGAUCCCCACAGUCACCACCAUUGUGUCCUUGGGCAAGGCACUUAACUCCAGGUUGCUCCGGGGGGAUUGUCCCUGUAAUAAGUGCACUGUAAGUCACUUUGGAUAAAAGCGUCUGCCAAAUGCAUAAAUGUAAACAUUUUAGUCCGACUGAAAUCAUUCCAGUCGAAGUCAGACUGACGGACCUACAUUACGCAAUUGUAUCUUGGCUUCAUCCAGCAUGUAAACACAUUGAUCAGACCGCAAUUGGCCUUGGCUAAACCCGGCGUAUUUGUCAUUCUUCAUUCAAAUAUUUGAUUACACAUUGUGUCAUGCAUACUUAGAAAGAUUAUAGCUUGACAACGUAAACAACAGCUGUAUCUCGAUUUUUAACUGUGCAUGUAAACGUACUGACUAUGGCUCUGUGGCUCUAUCAAAAUAUUGCUGUUUGUUUGAGCAUUCAGACAAGCUCAACACUUAAUCAUUGGAGGGAGUUUGGGGCACGAGUUAGCUGUUUGUUUGACCAAUGGAAGAUGGAUGACAUGUUCGGGAAACCUGUUUAAUGGCGCUAGUGGUGCAGAAAUUACACACUUCACCUUUAGGCAUUAUAUGUUUGUUAAUGACUUGAUGGUGAAAGUUAUUAUAAAGUGUUAGCCAAGAUUAAAAAGGAAAUUAGAAGUGCUAAUAACACUCAUAUAUACAAUGAAACAAAAACAAAUGGAAAAAAAGCCUAAAUAAGCGUAGAGAUAGAAAACAUAGAACUAGCCAAUAAGUUAAAAUAUUAAAAAUAAGAGAAAAAAUGGGCCGGACCCAUAUUGCUGCUUGAUAUUAACCCCAUAAAUAUUGCUUCGAAUUUAAUCGCUAGCCUGUGAUAGCUUUAAGGAUACCCUAUAUGAAAAAUACUUUUGUUACAAAAUCAUUCCUUAAAUAACCUAUAAAUAAUGCAAUGUUGACGAUUACGCCCACAUGCACCUGUAUGUAAAAUUAAACAACACGUUUUAAAAUUGAACAAUGUUUUGGCUGCCAUUAUAUUGUUAAUUCCUGUUGUUUUUCCUGCAUAUAUAGCAGCGCACUGAACCAUGCCUACAGUUCCUGCUGCACCAGAAUGGUUUCUACACAUUUUGUUUUAUUUUUAUUUUUGUCUUCCUGGCUUUCUUUUUAAAAGUUGGUUGAGGUGCCCUGCACAGGCCAGGAACGUGACAGGAUGCAUUUGUUUUACUGAAAUGCUACAUUCUACUUAACAAUCAGAGGUUGUGUAUUAUGAAACCAUGUAAUGAAAUGAAGACUGUUUAUGCACAUGAUGCCAAAAAUAAUCUAAAUAAAUUAUGCCGAAAUAUUACUGUAAUUCUUUUGCUUUU